CAAGCACAAAACGGACAGUGUCGUCACUCCGUUUGACAGCCAGAGUUUAGAAGUCAUGUUUAUUUACAUCAGAGAGUGACAUUUUGUUAUGGCGACGUAAAAUCGACGAUACGAACUGAUCAUGAUGUCCAACAAAAGAAUGUUCGAUGGUCAAGGUUCAAUGUCCAACAAAAUGACCAGCAGGCCUGUGGAGGAAGAGACCCGUACAACCAGAGACGUAUGUAAUAUAUACGUCUCUGGUACAACUGAGAUGUUUGGCCACCCCCCCAAUGAAACGUCCAACAGUAUGUCUGAAGGUUUACACCCGACAAAAACUUGGGGCCUUGAUUACUACUUCAUGAUCUUUAACAAGAUGUACAUCGCCGAUGUUCUACAGAUGAGGGAGAACACCAUGUUUCCAGGGACCUACCUUUAUCGGAGCCAUCCUCUAUUCAAGGUGGACGUGAUGGGUGUGGUGGUCAAAGUGGAACAGAAUCACACCUGUUUUACCUACACAGUUGAUGAUGGGACUGGUGUCAUUCCCUGUUGCUGCUGGAGAAAGGAAUUUUUCAAUAUGUCAGAUCCUGGCUGUGAUUGGUCAGGGUUACCAACUGAUCUGAGAGGAUUGGCGGCCGGAAUCGCUGAUCACAAAACACACGAGGGUUAUGUACUCGGAGAUCUGAUACAAGUUCGGGGGAAGGUGAAGAUGUUCCGAGACCAGAGGGAGGUGGUCGCCACAUACCACACGCGGCUAGAUGACCCCAUGGAAGAAGUGUUACGAUUGGCUGAACUUCCAAAGAUUUACCGAAAAAACUACGACCAACCUUUCCAACUUCCACACAAGGUUGCCCGGGAGAUAGACUGCAACCGACGUGAAACUGUGACUGGAGUCUUGUCGAAGGAAAGUCUGGUACUUCAAGCAAAGAACACUAUGACAGAUUACUUCCUGGAGAAUCAGAUAAGGGAGAUAACUCCAGACAGCCUACUGAGAGAAAUUGACUCUAAGUUGCUAUCCGCUGGUGAACAGAAGAAACAGUGUGUACAGGAUGCGUUAACACGCCUGGAGAACGCGGGACUUGUCUGUGUUCGACGGGAGAAACAACGCUAUGUGCUGGAGGUACUCACACACCCCUCAGCUCUGCAGAAGACCUUGUAUGACAUUCUGGACAAGCAAUGUUCCAAAUCCAAACAUGCUGACGUGGGUUGUCAUUUUCUCCACCUACACCAGGAAGUUUGUCGGACAUUCCAGUAUGCCAAGGUCAAGAUUAAUGCUGUUCGCACAUGUCUCACCCGACUGGAAGAGCACAGUGAUGUCAUCAGGACCACUGUAGAUAGAUAUAGAACCGUGCCUAGUUAGGUCAUCACGUCACCUUCCUGUUCAACUGUAGAUAGAUAUAGAACCGUGUCUAGUUAGGUCAUCAUGUCACCUUCCUGGUCAACUGUAGAUAGAUAUAGAACCGUGCCUAGUUAGGUCAUCACGUCACCUUCCUGGUCAACUGUAGAUAGAUAUAGAACCGUGUCUAGUUAGGUCAUCACGUCACCUUCCUGGUCAACUGUAGAUAGAUAUAGAACCGUGUCUAGUUAGGUCAUCACGUCACCUUCCUGGUCAACUGUAGAUAGAUAAAGAACCGUGCCUAGUUAGGUCAUCACGUCACCUUCCUGGUCAACUGUAGAAAGAUAUAGAACCGUGGCAAGUUAGUUCAUCACGUCACCGUUGUGGUUAUUCUGUGAACUACAAGGCCAUCAUGUCGCCUUCCUGGUUGUCCAAAUGAGACCUUAAGUGUAUUUUGAUGGCAUAGGACUUCAUCCUGCCAUUCUAAACGUCAUCCACUGAAGGCAUUAACUCCCUAGAGUUUUCAGGUUAUCUAGAAACUGGCAAGGAAAUUUACUGAUGUUGAAGUUCAUUUGUACCCUGUAAAGUCAAACUGUUUGACUCUCUCAGUCCUUGUCAUGUUUUGUGGAUCUGUGACCUUAUGAUUUUAUAUGACCUCUGACCUGCAGAUAUAAAUAGAGAUUUUAUGAUUGACACGACCACUGACAUGCAAAUCAAAAUCAUUAGAUCAUUUUGUUAAUUUUGUGCCAUACUAACUAAGUUUUUGUUAAUUAUUUAUUUGGUGUUGUUUGUUUUAAAUAAAAAAGAGUAUUUUCUGGUUUGUUCUGUCAUUGCUUAAAUUACAUUCAUAAUCUUCAACACCCUUUCAGCUUCAGGUGGUAAACCUCAUAUUAACUGAGUAGAUUUGGUGCUACAGAUUAUAUUUCCUGUCUAACUUUAGGUGCUACAGAUUAUAUUUCCUGUCUAACUUUAGGUGCUACAGAUCAUAUUUCCUGUCUAACUUUAGGUGCUACAGAUCAUAUUUACUGUCUAU